CAGUAUGAAAGAUGAAGCUAAGCCUCACUCCAAAACUCUCAACCUUCCUUAAACCCUCCCUUGCUUCUACUCCUCUCCGUCGCUCUAUUUGCUCUUCUUCACCAUCACCACCACCACCACCACCCAUUUCUAUAAAACCCCAAACCCCUCUCUUUCUGAGGCCACCCAUUCACUCAGCCACCUCCUCAGACCUCCAGCAAUGGCAGGACUGGGCCAAAACCCUCGCUUCCUCAGUUGGGUCCACCUUCGCCGACUCAGACAACGGCCCGGACUCGACCCUUUUGCUCAGAGAGCUCAACUGGCUCGUAGACGACGCAGUUCAACAAGGAAUCGAAAAUGGUCGAAGAAAAAUUAGAUUGAGAGUGAGUCUGGACGAAUUGUACUUGUUGUGGAAGCAGAGGAUUGAAGAGAGGAGACCCUUUCAGUACAUUGUUGGGUGUGAGCAUUGGAGGGAGUUGGUGCUGUGUGUUCAAGAAGGGGUUUUGAUUCCGAGGCCGGAGACUGAGCUCAUUGUGGAUUUGGUGGGUGAUGUGGUGAAGGGUGAGGAGGGUUUAAGAGAGGGUUUGUGGGCAGAUUUGGGGACUGGGAGUGGGGCUAUUGCUAUUGGGAUUGCGAGGGUUUUGGGGACUGGUGGUGGCAGAGUCAUUGCAACUGAUUUGAGUCCCACUGCGAUUUCGGUUGCGGGGUUUAAUGUGGAGAGGUAUGGUUUACAGGAUGUAGUGGAGCUAAGGCAAGGAUCUUGGUUUGACCCAUUAAAGGAUGUGGAAGGUAAACUUGCGGGGUUCGUAAGUAAUCCACCGUACAUACCAAGUGACAAUAUCCCAGGGCUACAAGCUGAAGUUGGAAGACAUGAACCCAGAGUUGCACUGGAUGGCAGUGUUGAUGGCAUGGAUGAUCUCUUACAUCUUUGCAAAGGGGCUGCUUCCAUUUUGAAACCUGGUGGAUUUUUUGCUUUUGAGCUGAAGUUGCACAGCGAUAUAGUUGGUUAAUGACCAAGUAUUCUGUAAAUGAGAUAAGUGUAAUAGAACUUUAGAGAUAAAUACAGGUUCUUGGUGAAGCUGAGACACCUACUGCUCUAACUGGGUGACUAUAAGGUGUUUCUUGUGCAAGAUCUGGUUAAAUGUAUUGUUGUUUCCACUAGUUUGUAAUUGGUAAAUUGACUCAUUUUUCUAACC